AUGGAUUCAAAAGACAACUUAUCUCAAGAAAAUAUGUCAAAUGAUACAAGCCUAACAUUGGAAAGUGGAUUUGUUAGUUUAAAUGGACUUGGAACAAAAGAACAAAUGGCUGUUGAAAUUGAUUUAAUUCCCAAAAUGGAAAAAGAGAAAGAUGACAGCAUUUUUGCAAAAAUUGGAAAGGUUGCCAAUUUUUUCAAGGAAUUUGUGGAGAAGACAGCUUGCCGUGUUAAGAAAUCUUGGGGAUCUAUUACAAAUUGGUUUUCAUCAAUCAACUAUAACCGUCUUGCUUCUUUACUCAACAAAUUUUUGGCUGCAACAUUUUUGCUUCUCAUUUUUGUGCUUGUAACAGCUUUCUUUUCCUAUUAUUUUAUCUAUUUCAUCUCCUAUUCCAUAAAUUCUAAAAAAUCUUUGGAUUCUACAAUUUUUUUUGGUUCUUUAAUAUUAUCAGCAUUUUUGUUAAUAAUCUGCUUUUGUUUUAUUUGUAUCUACAAAACGAUGAGAAACCUCCACCCUUCCUUAACUUCCUCAAAAUGCUUCUCUACUCUUUUCAAAAUUCUUCCAAAUAUUUUUGUAUUCAUUUUAGCUCUUCUGUUAUUGAUAUUUAUGUUUUCUACUUUUCAUUUAAUUAUUACAGAGGUAACUGGUGAAGAUAAGUUUGGUGCUGAAGAAAAAAUUGGUAUGAUUUCUAUCGUGUCGCUUUCCCUCGUUUUGUUGCUUUACAUUUAUUUUGCUCGUUUAAAAGCUGUAAUGGAUAAUUACCCUUUUACAAUGGAUUCUAUUGAGAAAUUUUUCUUUAAAGAUUGA